AUGCCUUCGGCAGCUACCCCUGAAAUAAGCCGUGGCUACUUUGUCCGCGUGCAGACCUUUGAAGCAAUGACAAGGCGGUUCAUUCAGGCAUACCCUGUUGACUCUCCUGCAUCCACUUACACUGUGUCUUUAUAGGACUUUAAUGGUGACUGCCAGGUUGUGAACUUAGGCGCUGGCUCCGAUACUCUUUACUUCCGUUUAAAGAGUGCUGGAGUCCACCCGAAAGCCUUUGUUGAAGUCGAUCUGCCGGGCAAUGUAAAGAAGAAGAUUGUUACCUUGAGGAGAUGUAAACAACUUUGGAGCGAGCUAUUUCCAGGUGAUUUUGUCUAAUUUAUAAUGGCCAGAGUUUCCUUCUGUUCCUUUGAACUUUAACUUUCUGAGCCAAAAUAAUCUGACAACUGGAUCCUUAGAACUGUGCUGUCACUGACUAAGACGUCCGCCCUAAAUUGCGGUUUUAGCGCGAGGACAUGUUUUUUUCUGAGUGCAUUUUCGAAUCAUUCCUUUCUAAAAUGCCUUCUUGUUCACCCCUGUCUAAACUUGCAGUGCGUGGUCGAUCUCAUGAAAUGUUUGCCGAAAUUCUGAAAUGCGUUUUCGAUUGGGAUGGAUUACUUAGGUGGGGUUGUAAUAUUGAUUAGCAUGCAGCAUGACCCUAUAGCAAUUCGGACUCAUCAGGAUCUCAGCGUUUGGAUGCACUCCUUUUUAACCUGUAGAAACCACACUGGGUAAAAAAUGGCUACUUAAGUAGCCUGCAUUUUUCCUAUUCAUUUUUGAUGGCUUUGUAAGCUCAAAUACAUUUUAUAAAAAACAUGCACAAACGCAUGCUUUCCUUCACUCCUUUGAUAGGAAAUCACGUUUUCUUCAUAUUUCAUACCCGAAGAAAGUGUAUAUUUAAGUUUUUAAAAGUUUCUAAUUAUGAGAUUUUUAAGACCGUGCGAUGUCCAUGCAUACAGGACCGCACAUGUUUGUUUACCAGUGCUCCUCAUGAAAUGUACAACACAGUCCGGAUCCAUUGCGAAAUUUUAUGAACUCUAUAUAGUAUCUUCGUAAAGGCAUAGGGGAAUGUAUGAUUUUCAAUACGCGGAAAGCAUGCACCUUGCUGGCUGAAAUCGCUGAACACUGAUGCAAUGGCAGAUCAGGCUCAAAAAUAUUCAGGAAUUGGGAAUAUUUUUAAAACCUUAAUAUACACUUUCUUCGGGUAUAAAAUGUGAAGACAAUGUGAUUUCCUACCGAACUAGUAAAAGAAAGCAUAUUUUUGUGCCUGCUUUCUAUAAAGUGUAUUUGACUUUAUAAGACCACCGAACAUCAAUAGGAAAAAUGCAUGCCACUUAAAUGGUCAUUUUUCACCGAGUGUGGUUUCUGCAAGAGGCCAAAAAAGAGUGCAUUCAAAAGCGAGUCCGAAAUACUAAAGGAUUAUGCUGCAUGCUAAUCAAUAUUACAACCCUACGUAAUUAGUCCAUCGUAAGCGUCAUUUUCCCGUCUGAUUAGAGAUCGAAACCCCAGACGUAUCGGUCCUUGGGGGAUUUCUUGGGACCUCAAUUCUUGACAUGUGGUCAGCACUCUCAUUUCGAUUAUCGGGUUAUGGGAUCUGAUGGUCAUACUGGAUGGGGAUUCAAGACCGGACAGCCUCUUUACGCCUCAGGGGCAUUACUUCACUUGCGCCACUCAGACGCGAACCCCCGUUCAGAAACGUUAAAGAUCCUCUCUUAGUGGACACCCGCCGAAAGUGGGGGUCUUUCGCAACUCUCAGCUAGGUUUGAUACAUAUCAUCACAGGUAUCAUCGCUGUCUUCCAUCUACCACUGAAUGCCAACACGUGGCUCAUUUCGGUACAAUCAGUACUCCGUUAUAUGAACAUGAUAUGACAUGCAUGCCGCUCAUCGGCAGGACUGCAGAACGAUCUAGUUCGCGUCCCUUCAACCCCCCCCCCCCCUCCGAGCCAGGAUUUAUUUUUCCAUUAUCCCAUGUGAACUGUAGACUUAACUGUGGGUUAUUUGUCCCUCUAUAGACCUCGAGUUUGGUGUGAGCAUGGACGGUGAAGGAGACGAAGACGGGUCAAGCAUCGGGACCAUUUGUUUGCUUUUCUGAACCUUGGAACUCGUGCAGGAGUUCAUUGGCAGGGAUAACGGCAUCAUCAGGUCAGGUCGGGUCAUCAGCCAAUCAGUGGUCCGUGGCGCGGGUCUGGAGGUGACUGCGCAGAGCUCUGUAUGCCGGCGUCAGAUGGAUACACCGAUUGAGUUCUAGUGUGCUCGUCGGAGGCCCAGGCCCCGAUCAAUUUUCGGUUUGUCUUGUUUUUGGCGUGGGGAAUAAUCUUGGCGGUGGCAAAUUUGAACUCCUGACCUGUUUCGAAGGUUUUGUCAUCCUCUUGUGAUAGUUCUUCACCCCGUUGCACAGCCAGCUCAUGUUAGUGUAUGCGCGAUCCGGACAUGCGUUUAGUCUGACCUGUGUAAUUAGAAGGACAUUUUAGACAUGGGUACAAAUCCUGAUCCGUGAGGUUUAGUCUGUACUUUUAAUGAUCCUGCUGAGCAUGGUAGAUUAGGGCUGAUGUGCAAUGCCAACACCUAGUCCCGUAACAAUGCGUUCGGUCGCCUCUGAAAUAUCUCUAGUGUACGGCAGAGCAUGCCAUAUCCUCGGUGUUGUUUCCGGUGGCGUCCUCCGACGGCGAACACAUAGGCAUUAGGCUUAUAAUCGCCUUCGGAUAGCCACUCUAAAUAGCUUGGUCGAGGAAGUAUCGGACCUCGCGGAAUUUUUCUCCGGGGUUGAAGAGCGUCCUCACACAUGCUUCGUCUGUGAGCCCCCCGACGAUUGCUGUAAAAACUGAGGGACCGCAUGGUGUUCGUUGCCCUUCUGUAAACCACUGUCUCAUUUUUGCCGUCGGGACUUCGUCUGAUGAAAAAAUCAAGGAGGGGUAGCUGCACUUUAUGAAAUUCUACAGAAUGCUCUCCCGGACGAAAACAAACGUAUUGCCAGCGUGAUUGCGCUAGAAAGUCGGCUCCUGAUUAGCGAAAGCAGUCUUUUCUAACUCUCACUGGGCAAUUUAUGCUGCCAGCUCUGGGAGCUCAUCGCGUUUCCGUUGCUCUGGAAAUAAGUUUCUCUCACAAAAAUGAAGUAAGCUCCCUGCCAAAAUUGGAACAGCCUCGUGAGAUGCUCAAUUUCAAGCGAGCUUCUGCCCCCGUCCUGUGCCUUCAAAAGUUUCUUGAUCAAGAUUUCGGGCGCCGUAUUCGGAGGGCUUGGCGUGAAUAACGACAUCACGUCAAAAUAGACCAUGAUUUCGUCCGAUUGAAUCUUCGUAGGGUUAACUUACGGUAGAUGUUCCAUCUCAUGUAAUGUUGACCAAAAUUGUGAAAUGCGUUUCCGAUUCGAAAAAAAAACUACUUGACUAGGCCUGCCGUGUUAACCAUCAAUGGUAUCCCAGUCACGCCAGGAUUCCAGCCUUUGAAUGGGCUUCUUAUCGGCCGUUUGCAUAUUCCGCUGCAAACUGGCAAUCAAGUAGUACGAAUUCUCCCCAUAGAUUUUUGAUGCCCUUUUAAAAUCAAGUAUAAUUUAUGGAAAAAUGUGCAAAUAUCCCAUUUUUCACGUUAUUGGCAGCCAAUUGCUUUUUCUUUGUUUUCCACUUGAAGAAAGAGUAUCUGUCGGUUUUAAAAAUGUUCCUAAUUAUGACAUUCUUGACACCGUAAAAUGUCCAGUCGUAAAGCAUCGCAUCUCUUAAUGCUGCUUAUAAAGUGGGUAGCAUUUUCCACAUCCGUUUUAAAAUUUUAUGACUCCUAUAUCUCCUCUUUACAUUAGCAAAUAGAAGUUUAUGAUUCUCCUUACACGAAAAACAUACAGUCUGUAGUUCGGAGACUCGAAUGCAAGUGUAACGGUGGGUCAGGUUCAAGGUCAUUGGGUGAUUGAGAACGUUUUUUAAAGCCGGAAGUUACUCCCCGAAUCGUGAAAUUUAAGGAAGUCAUAAUUUGAUGGCCACUAAUUAAAAGAACGAGCAUUUUUGUGUAUGUUUUCUUUAAAAUAUUUUUGAAUUUAUAAGGGCAUUAGAAGUCGACGAAAAAAAUGCAUGCUACUUAAGUAGCAAUUUUUUAUGAAAUAUAGCCUGUGCCAGCGGUCGAUAGGAAAGUCAUUCGAAAGUCGGCAUCCUGACGUGACUGGAAUAUCAAAUAAUUGUGCGACAUGAUAAUUGAUAUGAUAACCUUACUUUAUUGGUGCUUUCGAUUUGAAUACAUAUUUCAGAAUUUCAGUCCAAAUUUCAUGAGAUAGCAUAUCUAAACAGAACGUAAGAACAGGAACCGUCUGCAAUACGGGUGGCUUUGAGCCAAGUUCCAGUUAAGUUGGGGCUAAUUUUAAGGUUGGGGUUAACUUAAGGAUUACGCCUAUGACUAGAUUUAGAGGUAACUGUAAGCCAUGAUUAAGCAUAGAAUCAAGAUAGGGGCUGCCUCCUGGAAUUCGGAAAUCUUCGUCUUCUUUAGGGGCUAGUGUUAACUGCAGAGUUAAGGUUUAGGGUAGGGUUAGAAUCAUACUUAGGGCAGCGGUUUGGCUUUACAUUAGGGUUACUGUUGGGGUUAGGACACGAAAACAUUUUUGCCCUUUCCAGAACUAUACCCAGGUCCAACCUUAUUACCUGGGCGGGGCGUACCUAUUCUCAUGUCUUGUUUUGGGGUCAUACAGGUCAACUAUACUGAAUUCUCCUGCCAUGAAAGGAACGCCAUGAUAGGAAUGCCAUGAAAGGAACGCCAGUUUUGCGUACACUUUGACGGAUUAUAGGUAGAGCGGCCAGAUGAGUGUCUAUUGGUUUUUAAUUGAGGUUAUUCAUUCUCCGUAGUCACGCUUUUGCGCGAGCAUUCCUUUAUCGAUCUGUUACUGCCAUGGCUUGUGACUUCUGCACUGGUGGGCAAAAUUCACUGUCAUUAAUGAGAGCCUUGGCCUCCUGUCUGUCCGUUUAGUCUGUUCAUGGUAUGCCUAUUUUAGAAGACCCCGAAUCUAGAUUGUGCUUUGGAACCCUCUGUUACCACAUGCGAAUUUCCUUUAAUUCCAGUAGCUUGUUUCCCUGAAAAUCUGACAGUAGUGUUCCUCUUUAAAUGUUUACAAUUUCGUAGUGAACUCUCCCUCAGAAGCACUACUACUGACCUAUAAGUUGGCCAGACCGCGAGAUUAAACGGCAUUUGUAAACACUGAAAAUCCUCUACACGAGCAGUAUUCACUUUGAUUACAUUGGACUGACUUUGACGGAACCUAUGAGAAGGCAUUUAGCCACCCUGCAUGUCCUUACAAUACUGGGGAGUUCCCUGCCAUAAUUAUCACGCGAAAUUCAAUUGAACGUAAAUCAGUCUUUACUUUUAUAACUGUAAAAAGCAUCACAGAAUGAUGGGUACUUUUGUAAUUUUGGAACGACCUGGGAGAAUAAUUGGGAGUUUCUUAGAGUUCUGAGGGCUUCACAUAUCUUCUUUUCCAAGGACAUGGUGCUAUCAUCAUCAUCAUCAUCAUCAUCAUCAUCAUCAUCAUCAUCAUCAUCAUCAUCAUCAUCAUCAUCAUCAUCAUCAUCAUCAUCAUCAUCAUCAUCAUCAUCAUCACCAUUAUUAUUAUUAUUAUUAUUAUUAUUAUUAUUAUUAUUAUUAUUAUUGUCAUCUCAUGUCGGUGAACCAUUGUUGUUAAUUCCAUUUGACCUCCUCACGUUAGAUGCCCCACCUCGGUCCGGCCUCGAAGGGGUCACGCCUGAGUCACACCGAAGUUUGAAUGCUGCUUCCUACCAUCUCCUGAGUCAUGACCUACGACUUCCGCCCUCCAGUCUCAUUGAGCAACUGUGUACAUCGGAGGCGGGACCAAAGCUUUCACCGGAACUUCCAACCCUUUUCCUCGCUGAAUGUGUUCUCGUCUACAUACCCACGGUCUCCUCCGAAGCCUUGAUUCGAAGUCUUUCAAGUUACUUUAUCAAGGCCGGCUUCAUAAACUACGAACAGGUGCAUUCCUCCCCCUUCAUCUCCUUUUUAUCAGUGUUCUAAGAUGGUUGUUUCUAUCAUGCCGCUGACACAGCAGUUCAAGACUCCAAGAUUAUGCCUUCUAGCGGCUGGAUGGCGUCAGCAUGAUUUGGGACUUUUAUAGUAACCGAUCAGCCGGUUACUCUGCCACAUCUGAAGGUAGUGCCGUUGCAUGCGCCUUGACUGAUUAUUUGUAAGUCCUAAGGACCUAGCUAUUUCGCAAUUAACCUUCGCCGGGCAGCGUUCCAUGGUCCACUCCAUGCGAACGAUUUCGGUAGCCCUCGAUCAAGACGGCCCCCUUCUUCCUGACGUUCCUGUCCUCACAAUAGUGGCCUUGACGACCAUUAUGUAGCGUUAGCACAGGGCAAAUUGACAGUUUGACUGCUGCAGUUGACGAUGCCCACCGUGGGCACCACGGAGUAAGCGCAGAACGGUUGCUUGGUCGUUUAUGGCAGGGUGGACUUGCGCAGCUUCUGCCGAACUUCACCCCAUCAAACCACCUUGCUCUGACGGCAGGAUAGUGUUAAGACGGCCUGAGGUGGGCGAGAGCACAGUGUCUGGAAAAGUUAAACAACCCGUCUGCGCGUGCCACACACGACCUGAUCCUCCACAGAGGCGGCUCUGUGGGAGAGUACUUGAAGGGCCAGACAAAGGAGUAGCCCUUGCGCUUGAUUCCCAAUCCUCCAGUCAGUCACUCCACACGCACACAGUGCUGGCUCCGAGGGUCGAGCCUUGCAUUCAGUCGGCAAUUUUCCAAGCCAUGACUUGCUGUGCCAAGGUAGAACCAAUUCUCGUGUUUAUCGUGGAGUGGAUUCCCCAAUGUCGGCCUCACACCCCCACUUCCCUCCCACAUGCGCCAGUCCACUAUCAGACCAUGUCAGACAGCUAUUGAUGGGGUAAGGCGUAGGCAGGACGUGGGCUACCUUUUUCUAGCAGGAGGAUGAUUUCCGUAUCCAUUCAGCGUAGUUUUAUUGCAUCUACUUUGGUCUAUGUAGGAGGUUAAUGGGAUUGAUGCCCGGAUGGGUAUUUUACCUCAUUAGUAGCACUUUUGGGAACAAACAAAACUUUUAGCUGUGCAACGAGGUCUACCGCCUGGACUUCAACACUGCCAGUUGAGUCAAAUGAUCUAGUUACCGUCAAUAUGGUCGACACUGGUCUAGACCGGCAUUGAUUUCCAUUUAGGGCAGUCCGUUGAUCGAGUAUUUGUAAACCUAACUGCGGAGCUACAUGGUUCUGAUUGUCUGAGUUGUGGGCGGCCUUGAUGGCUUCAAAAAGGUUCUCAAUUCCGCCACGGUCCGAAUAUCCUGUAGGUUAACCCGAUAUGUGUUGCAUCUCUGAGCUUCUAGUACAGCUGGCGACGGCAGCUGACAAUUGCGACCUCGUUGGCGUCUGUACUGUUAUUUUAGUAUGCUCGGUGCAGAUUCUUUAUUUCCCCCUCCUCCCCCUCCCCCUCCUCCUCCUCCUCCUCCUCCUCCUCAUCCUCCUCCUCCUCCUCCCCCCUCCUCAUCCUCCUCCCGCCUCCGCCAUCCCCCCGUCUUCGCCGAGCCAGUCCUAGUGUCGCCGUCUCACGGGCUCGACGACCUGUCUCGGAAUUGUAUAGGUCUCUCAGCUAAGUCGCAGUGUAACAUUCCGUCGCAGUGAAUAGGCAGUUGGUCGAAACACAACCAGAGGGACUUUCUUUUGACUUGGAAAAUUUAUCUGGAACUGAACUUAGGCCACCAAUGUAGGUGGGUUCGUCCGUACGAGUGCCUUUUCUGAUAUUGGUGAAUACUGGCCACGUAGACAGAAGGUCGGGUGCAGGAGUGUAGUCUUCGACCCUUCGUUUGUGCGCUUUGUUCUUGAACCAAAACUUUCCACAGGCGGACUCCACACCCUUUCGUCUUCUCGCUGUAAGACCCCAUAUACAUUGGGUGCUCAUAGUUAACCCGCCUCUCCAAGGUUCUUAAUACUGGGCCUGGACUAAAACGUUGCUACAACGGAGAAGUUUACGAUUAGAUCAUGGUCUUGCUGCAGUAUUUCAGCAUUUGCAGGUUGGAUUUACCUUUCACCCAAAUGCAACUGUUCUGAAAUAACACCUGCUUUGAUUCCUAGUCAAGUCCGUGGCCCAAUUUUCUCCCUUUUAUGACCCUUUUAUUAUAAAAUUAGUUUACUGUGGGCCGUUCUCGUUUUCCUCACAAACCCAUCUAAGUUCUUGAUCCUACUUUUGGCGUUCUCCUGAAUAUGCGAGAUUCGGUCUUCGAGAUAUGUCAUACUGAUGUCUGCCUCAAAGGAGAUUUUCAGUAGCUUAGAAAUGUCACCUAUCCACAGCCUAUCCAGUAAAACACCAACAUGAACCCGCUCAAUAGCACACUAAAACCCCCACACCGCGCAUCUUUUAAAAGCAGCCCAUAACACCCUAAGCGACACUAAGCAUGUUAUGAUUGAGUCGCUGCACCCACACGUACCCGUGCCAACUUGAAUUUCGGGGUUGGGAAGGGGGUGUGGAAACUAAGUUUUCUAAUGCUACUUUAAAGCAUUGCGAGAGCCAACACUUGAAUUUGUUUUUAAAAGUUUGCCGACAAAGACCUGCCACCACCCCCUUUCCUCCGCCGCAAGCUGGUUAGAUGUGAGAUUUGAACUCGGGGUCAGUCGGUUUAAAGUCCAACGUCCUGCGACAGUCAAUGAGUGCCCCUGCCUGUCUAAACUUGCCAUCCGAGGCGGAUACGUGCGAUGUUUCUCACAUCUAUUCCGCUAACCGAUCGCCUUAAGCGGCUUCCUUAUAAGCCAACAUUUCUAGACUAAGUCUAGUUUGGAGGAAGUGUGGAGAAGGUCAAUGUGCAAAUUGUGUUCUGUGCAUAAGGGAAUACAGUUAAAGCAAAGCGAUCCCAUUGGCUGGCGGCCAGCGAAUGUGAGUCAGUCAGAGCAGGGCGCCAGUCCUUGGCCAGCCUACAGUUAUUCAGAUCAGCGGCGAGGCUGGUUAGUUAGCAUGAAUGGCCAGGCGUGACAGUACAACGUAGGGAGCCUCACCACAUAGAAUGCGUGAACUGCAAGUGGUGCGGACGUGCAGGAAGGGGGUCGGAUGGGGCCCGUAAGCACAUCCUGGCGGCCACCGAGGGUGGGGUACUACACAGUGCCUCUCGUUGGUUCAGGUCCUAACGCUAUGAGUUAGUCCUGCACGAACGGUCUGGAGAGUGCGCUAAUUCGGCCUUGUGUUUCCUGCGCUGGAAGGGGUGAUCUCUUCUGUGUAUUCUUGCCAGUUCAAGCAUUACUAGCGCAGGCUGCCUCAAUCUAAUUUGACAUUUACGUUGGCGUUGUGUUCGAUCUCACUUUCAAUAAUCUCCUUGCAACACUUAACAUAGGUCAACAUGAACGACAAAUUUGGCGAAAUUAUGGUUCGCAGUUUUCGCGACAGAUCCUGUGAAUUACCCGGACUUUCAGCCUGUGGGUCCUUGGAUGACCAGAAAAAGCGGUAAGCCAUACCUUUUACUACUGGAUCUGAUUUUACCUGACUGCUCAGUCGUGUUUCUAUUUUUACACAUAGUGAUUGCAUUGAACCAUGCGUGCUGCCAAAGUCUGACAAGUUGGGCUGGCCAUUUGCGUCUUAUCUGCCUCGUAGGCGAACUGGUGUGCUUCUCCACCGGAGCCCCAAUACCCCGUGCUCACGUCAUGCGGGACACUAUAUUUAAGGAAGUACAGUGCUUGACCGAUCUCAUGACAUGUUGGCCGAAAUUCUGAAAUUCGUUUUCGAUUGGGAAGGAGCAUAAUCAUGCAUGCAGCAUAAUCCUAUAACAUUUCGGACUCGCCAGGAUGUCGGCUUUUGGAUGCACUUCUUCUUGACCUCUUCUUGAUCUCACAAUUAAAAACUUUUUUAAAACCUUAAUAUACACCUUCUUCGUGCAUAUAAUGCAAAAACAAUGUUAUAUUCUACCAAAUGAGUAAAAUCAAGCUUAUUUUUGUGCACGUUUACUAUAAAAUAUUUUUGAAUUUAUAAGACCAUCAAAAAUCAAUAGGAAAAAUGUAAGCUACUUAUGUAGUCAUUUUUUUACCGAGUACGGUUUCUGCAGGAGGUUAGGAAGGAGUGCAUCCAAGGGACGACAUCCUGGUGAGUCCGAAAUGCUAUAGGAUUAUGUCGCAAGCUAAUCAACAUUACAACCCCACCUAAGUAAUCCUUCCUAAUCGAAAACACAUUUUAGAAUUUCGGCCAACAUUUCAUUGAGAUCGGCCACACACUGUAGACGAGGGUCCAUCUUUGAUCAAUAGGACCGUCAGCAUGUUUUAGCUCUAGGGGCCGUGCAGUCCAGAAUAGCUAACAGAAUAGUGACGAUUAGUGCCGAAGUGUGCCACUGGAGAGGGCCUGACCCCUUCCUACGGUAAGACCGCAACGUGUAGUAGGCGGGAGGCCCACCGCAAUGCCGUUUGAUAAGAGAUUUGACGUCGUACUGGGACUCCUUGUCGAUGUGGAUGAAGAAGCGGUUUCCCCUUAAGUAGUAUGGUUGAAGCAGGUUCGCAUUCAACUUUCCGAUGUAGACUGUAAAGUGAUUGACGCGUAAGUGUACGCAUAUGAACAAGCAGUGCACUCUACUGAACCUCGUUAACAUAAUGUAGGGUUAUGGACAAUUUGGAUCUUCGACUAAUUUCCUUAGGAAUCACUGAUACCCCGGUGCACUUGUUCGCGCUGGGGAUCUGUUUUGGGCUAGUGACGAUUCUAAAACCGGAAACCUGGACUGUGAACACAUAAUUUUAUCAAUUUCCAAAGAGAAGAAGUUUAGAGCGCCAAAUUGCUUGAACUGAGAGACGAUAUUCCAGACACGCUGCUGUCGCCUGCAUUCGAGCGCUUGUCGCUCUCAUCACUGUCUCCUUUUUUUCAUCUCUGAAAGGUUUCUUUCGGCUGGCUGGAGUGAAGUUCAUUCGUGGACAAUCAAUGAGAUAUACAAUGCGCUGCCAUCAGAGACUACUGCGCGGUAUGUUCUCACUUCGGCAGAUUUUUAUUAAACCUGAGACAUUCUUUUAUGCUGUUAAUCUACAAAGUACCGUUUUGGAUCUGCGUUCGGGCAGGGCUAUUCAGUGCAUGCCCCGUAGCCACCUACCACGACGAACCCUAAUUACCGAGGAGCGCGAACUCGGCUGGAAUUUUAUACCAUCUGUCCCUGUGAUGACGCUGACCAAAAAACGUUUGAUUAAGAUGGCGCCAAAGUCCUUAUUAUGUAAAAGAACUGUGGAGCGAUGGGUAUCGCACUCCAAGAGAAGCUGUUAAUGGUAUAUCCUUCUCGAGUAAUCCUACAGAUGCUGUUUUUUGAGGGGAUAGGACCCGUAGACUCCGAACACCGCCCGCAAACAUAGUUAUCACUCUACGAUGAGAUUGUUGAUUUACAGUUACCAGUCUGCUUUUUCACUCCUUACGGUGUCGCAGUGUCUUUACUCAUUCGAUCACGGGCUCAACACCAUAAUUUCGUUCCAGUAUCUUCGACGAGCGCAGAGUUUCCUUGCCCGGUCUGUGACAAUGUCACUAACUUCCACACGGUAUUGCUGUGUAUGCACUUUAUGCCGCACUGCUGUGGAUGGCAAGUGCAGCCUUUGGUGGACACAUUUUGGUAAGAUGUGGUUAUGUAGCCCCACCUGACGGACACAAUACUGUUGGGGUUGGGGUUAGGACCAGGGGUAGGGGUUGGGGUUAGGGGUGAGGGCAACUAUUUCUGAACCACUCAGAGUACAACCGCGCAUUCCAAAUAGUUUUCUUUCCAGACAACUACUUGACCUCGUCGCUUGUACUUUCCCCGGCCACACCUGUAAAAACCCCUAUUACCACCGGUCCCGUACUACAGGUGGCUGGUGGGGCUAAAUAAUCACAUCUAACCCACAUUUUCUCAGGGUUUCUACAGCAGGACUCCUAUUGGAUUGGGGGGGGGGGGGAGGUCCAGAGGUCCACAACCGUAUAUGAAGUCUCCGGUUUUCCUCCAGUCUGGCCUGCAUAUUUGCAGGACAACCAGCGCAAGGAAUACGGUAGACAACACUGUCCUGCUCUGCUGGGUUCUGCUACGUCUUCGGCCGCGCAUUGGGACAACCCCACACAGACAUUAAGAACUGGUCGAAUUGAUCACAUUUUGUCGGCUAUUGUACUCGGUUUUCGCCAGCCGCCCUCCUGUAUAGCUGCCUUGAUAAACAUCGUCAGACUUUCUGCCCAAUUCCGAAAGGAAUGCGUCGUCGGAGUUUCCCAUGACACCUGCGGGAUUUUCUUUAAACACUUCUGCCAGUUCCCUCUCCCCUCUUGAAUUUGCUCUAUUCAGCCUAGAUUUUCAGGGCGCGACUGUGACCUUGCCACCUCUACAACUCUCGUAAACUGAAAAAUCUUUGAUGCCCAUAAGUGAAACGCUUUGCCCAGAAAUUGAUAAAGUUACUCCCGGCUGUGCUGGUCGACACGGACAUAAGUAAUCUUCGUUUCCAUUGGAGUUCUCUCCUGUAGUAUGUAAUGACUUGAAACGGCAUUUCUUUUUAGGCGUACAUCCGUUAGGGGUUAUCGAUCACUAGACAGAAAGGGGGAGACGGGUGUUGCACCCGGCUCAGUAAAGCUCCACGUACCGUCGAAUUCUUCUGCCCGUGGUCUUGGGUCGCAAAACAGACGUGCACACCUUGAGUCAAGGGGGAUGUGUUUUUGUGGAGGUUUGUAGUGUCACCGGAUAGUAGUCUAAAUUCCCUUCUUUUUUGCACUGGUGGCGCAUUCUCAAACCUCCAGCUUCCGGACGAUUUCCAUGGUUUAAUUUGUCCAAAUCAUUUUUGCAGUCGAUACGCUGAAUAGACGAUCACUUUUGAUGUGAAGAGAAUACUGACAAAAAGAUGGAAACUGGAACUACUUCUCCUGGCUUAUUUGCCGCUAUCACCCAACAGCACCUCAACCCCAACCGUCAGAAAAUUCGAAGGUUGGGCGCGGUUUCCUUGAUCAUUGAACGUUAAAUCCCACGCUCUAAGGGCUAACGUCCUGUCGGCCACUAAUGUUUGUAGCGUCUACGCAGUGGAUGUGCUCAUAACACCACAGUAAGUCCACAUUAACAGGAUAAGACCGAAGGCACUAAAAUGAGAGGUCAGAUUUGGUUAUGCAGCCCCACCUAAAGUAAACAAACCCUAGCCACCUGUAAUACUGGACUGGUGGUAAUAGGGCUUUUUACAGGUGGGGCCGGGGAACGCACAGGCGACGAGGUCAAGCAGUUGUAUGCAAAAGAAAAGCUAUUGGGAAUGCGCGGUUGUACUUUGAGUGGCUGGGAAAUAGUUGCCCUAACCAUAACCCCAACCACAACAGUAUUGUAUCCAGCGGGUGGGGCUACGUAACCACAUCUCACCGAAUGAGAGGAUUUACUAUGUACAGAACCCGGUGGUGGCUACUUGCGGUGCCAGCGCCUGUGCUGACGGCGGUGCGUCAUGUCGGAGGGAAAUCGGUGUCGGCUUGUGGGAUCAGACCCAAGUUGUGUGUGUUGCAUUACCUUACCCAGCGGGGUCGUGCGCCUAGUGACCUGUGCUGUAUUUGCCGGACAGUCACGGGUUUCAGAAGAAUAUGGACGGCUGACUGUCUGAUGCACGCUUGCGUGAGUGUUGCAGUCGGUCAGACAGUGGUAAGGUCAGCUUUCCUGGAACCGCUCACAGGCCCGGUGGAUGGCCGACCUUGACGCAGGAGGCAAGUAAACAAAGAUGUGGGGCAUCGCAAUGAUGGCACUCAGGCUACUGACAUGUAACUGAGGCACUGGAGUUAUCAGUCCAGGGCUUUUAUUUGCUAUUGCAUUCAACGACUCCCGUCUUCCCUAUAGGAUUGAACGAUUGGAACUGUUGGACGACCGCGAAAUCACAAGUCAGCUCUUCGAUCACUACUGCAUCCUGCUGGCUAUCAAUUCAACAUCGGUCUGCUGUUGGAAUUCUCUUCAGGCCGCUCUCGCUGAUGUCAAAUAA